CAUAUAGGUGCUUCCACUUGUUCAAUGGGUGUUAUUGGAGAGGUCCCCAAUCCAUCAAUGGAAAUUCAGAAGCCAAAAUCAACUUCGGUUGGCUUACAAGAAGAAAACCUUCAUCAUCAAAGCAGCCAAAUACACACGCUCUCCUUCCACUCCCCGCUUUGUCUUUUAUCUGUCUCCACUCUCUGCAACAUUUCUACUCUACUAGAGUUUUUUUUUUUCUUAUAGAAAAGCAAAAAUCUUUCACUGUUCUUUUCAAGCUUUGAAGAAGAAGAAGAAGAAGAAGAAGAAAGUAAUAAAAGAUAUGGGUAUUCUACAUGACGACGUAGUUUUGAUAAGUCAAUCAGAUAAAGAAGGAGAGCCAAGUGUUAUUACAGUUAACUGCCCUGAUAAAACUGGUUUAGGCUGUGAUUUAUGCCGCAUCUUGCUCGUUUUUGGUCUCAGCAUUGUUAGAGGAGAUGUGACAGAAGUUCUGUGUAAUCUGGAACUCAAUAUUAAGAAAGUGAAAGUAUCAACCAUUCCAGAUGGCACAGUGAUAGACCUCUUCUUUGUCACUGAUACCAGGGAGCUAUUACAUACGAAAAUAAGGCAGGAGGAGACUUAUAAAGCAUUGGAAGAUAUUAUGCAGCGCAUUGUGAUUAACUUUAAUAUUGAAAAGGUUGGACCUGAAAUUGCUGCAUGUUCUCAGGCAUCGCCGUUUCUCCCAUCUGGAAUAACAGAAGAUAUUUUCCACUUAGAGGUCUCCAAUGAACUCCCAAGUGUAUCACUUACUUCCAGCAAUGUUUCUGUCGUGAUGGACAACUCGCUCAGUCCUGCUCACACGCUUGUUCAGAUUGUUUGCCAAGACCAUAAAGGUCUUCUAUAUGACAUCAUGAGAACUCUUAAGGAUUACCGCAUUCAGAUUUCAUAUGGACGCGUCUAUAUAAGACAAGGAAGAAAGUGUGAGAUUGAUUUGUUUAUAAUGCAAGCUGAUGGGAAGAAGAUAGUUGAUCCUAGCAAGCAAAGUACAUUGUCCUCGCAUCUAAAGAUGGAACUGCUCCAACCCCUCAGAGUAGCUAUAGUGAGCCGGGGUCCUGAUACAGAGCUUCUUGUAGCAAAUCCGGCGGAGGUUGGGAGACAUAUGAUUGGAGAUCGAGAGUGGGAAGUUUAUAGAGUUCUACUAGAUGAAGGAGCUAGCUUAUCUAUUCCAAGAGAAAAGGUCGAGGAAGGAGUUUGGAAGCUGUUGAUGGGUUGGGAAUAGCUAUGAUCACAGCAUUCUUCAUCACCAAUGGGCAUGACCAGCUUGUAAAGUAUACUUUGCCCCGUCGGACUGUGCAGUCCGGGUAUAUUACGGGUCAUAUGUGAUUAAAAUUUCACAUCUUACUAGUUUCAGCUUGUUAUGAGGCUAAGCUUGUGCUAUAGGGAUGAGUUCACAACAAGAGAUAGAGAGUAACGCUCUUAUAGCAGUAUAUAUGUUUGGAAGUUGUGUCAUAGAGGUAGAUAUCAUGUAUAUCUCAUUAUGUAAAGAAUCUUCAGAGGAUCUAUUGGGUAAAUUCGAAAGCAGUUCGAUGAAA